AAUAAUUUUUCGGCAGUGUUAAGUUGUGCGUAGUUGUUCGUCAAUAUUUUAAUUGUUUAAAAUGUCUGAACAGUUAAUUAAUGAUGUGUUGCUUCACUUCGUAUACGACGAUACUACCCGGAAAGCUGAAUGCAAUAUAUGCAGAAGGUUAUACCAAGCAACCAGUGCAAAUUUAAAAAGACAUUUGAAACACACACCGUUGCCAACGAUAACUGGAGAAGAUUGGACCUUUUAUGUUCAAUUACGUGAAAUAUUAGGACCCUUAAAACAGGUAACAGACACUAUGAUAGGCGAAAAAUAUUUUCCAGGUAGUUAUGUGAUAGUGAUUACAAGAUGUAUAAGUAAAUUGUUACAAAGAUUUUUCAGCAGAGAUGACUUAUUACCCCUUUCUAGAGAGAUUAUAUUAUUACUCCAAUCAGGACUAGUUGAUCACUUCGAACAAAUUGAACGAAAUGAAACGUUAGCAUUGUGUACUUUUUUGGAUCCUCGCUUUAAAAUGGUACCUUUCGAUGAUCAAAAUGAGGCUGAAAAAACAAAAGAAAGAGUCACGAAUAUGGUAGCAGCGUUGAUCGCCGAAUCGGAGAACACAAAUGCCCUUUCAAAACCAUCUGAUACUGACGAUGUUACCUUAGAAUGUGAUAGUUUAUGGGAUUCUUUUGACGAAGCGAUAAAAAGCUCUACAUUAACGCCAUUAUCAAGAGCGACCCACGAGAUAGAUAUGUAUCUCUUUGAAAAUCACUUACGACGUAAAGACCAAUUCGGCAAGCUUAACUGUCCAUUAGAAUGGUGGAAAAAUCGACAAACUGUAUACCCCAAUCUAAGCAAAAUAUUUAUUAACAACUGUAACAUAGUAGCUACAUCUGGACCUUGUGAACUAAUGUUUUCUGAAACAGGACCAAUAAUUAAUCAAAGACGUACAAGGCUGACCAAUAUUAAAAUGGAGCAAAUAAUGUUCCUUAAUGUAAAUUCACCUGAAGCGCGUUUCCAGGAAUACGACAAGAGUUAA